AUGUCUCGCAAAGUCUGCAUCACCUCAGUCGAAGGCCAGACCGGCUUCCUGAUCGCCGAGCUGCUGCUCACGGACAAACACUUCCAAUCGCAGCUCGACAGCGUGGCCUGCCUGACCAUGGAUCCGUCCUCGGCCAAGGCCAAAGAGCUGCAGACGCUGGGCGCGACGGUGACGGCGCACGUGCCCGGCCGCGAGCGCGCCGUCGCCGCCGCGCUGACCAAGACGGGCUGCGACACGCUGUGCCUGGUGCCGCCGGCGCGCGCCGACAAGCUCGACGUCGCCGCCGAGCUGGCCGCCGCGGCCAAGAAGGCCGGCGUCCGCAACGUGCUGCUGAUCAGCGCCGCCGGCUGCGACUACGCCGAGCGGGACAAGCAGCCCCGGCUGCGCGAGUUUAUUGAUCUCGAGGCCAUGGUGCUGAGCGCCAAGGGCGAUCCGUCCAGCGCGCUGGGGCAUUCGCCUUGUGUUAUUCGCGCCGGGUUUUAUGCCGAGAAUCUACUUCUCUACUCGGAGCAGGCGCGCAAUGAGGGCCUCCUGCCGCUCCCGAUCGGGGAGAAUCACAAGUUUGCGCCAGUGGCUCUUGGAGACAUCUCCCUGGUGGCCGCCCAUGUGCUUACGGGCAAGGGCCCGCACGGCUUCGACGACAGACACCGGGGGCAGAUGAUGGUGCUCACGGGACCUAUGUUGUGUUCGGGCAAGGAGCUCGCCGCGGCCGCCAGCAAGGCGCUGGGUCAAACCCUGGAAUUUGACAACAUCUCGGACCGCGAGGCCAAGCGUGUGUUGAAGUCCCAGACCGACAUCGACGACUCGGAAAAGGAGUUCCUCCUCGAGUACUACAGCCUGGUGCGCGAGGGCAAGACAAACUACAUCUCGACAACGGCGUUCCACGACGUCACUGGCCAGCAUCCAACAGAGCCGGACGAGUUCUUUCACAAAUACGCUGGUGAGCUGCGGCCGAAGAAGAAGCGCCGGAGCGGUUAG